AUGCUCUCGAAAGAGGCGACAGUGGUUCUGCUGGUUGAAGCUGCUACUGCCAGCCCCGCACCAACCAACCCCGCCAAAACCUCAAUAGGCCUAGUGCCCUACCUGGCACGAGCUCAAGACGUACCAUUUUCACAAAAUAGAAUUCAUGGCUUCGAUUGCAAUGUCUGCCGCCUAAGCUUGGGUAAUAUUGACGGCUUGCAUUACAUGACGGAUUUUGUUAGCGGUGUCAUCUUUAUUAUUUCCUCGACCUCGGUGCCAUAUCUUCUGGGAUGGCAUGUUGGGCUGUGGAACCUGAUCGGGUCUACUGGGUGGACCCUGGUGGCCUCGUUUAGUUACUUCUCCCGCAGCUGGUGUGCCUAUCAGACUAUUUAA